AUGGCUUCAAAGUCUUCUACAGUCGGUCCAAAAGCCUUGGUUCUAUCGGCCAUCACCAUAGGCCUUGGUGUUUUUCUCGCGCGCCCUGUUAAUCGCGUCACAACCGUUCUCGGCUUCUUCCGCACUCCGUCGUCUACUAUCGUCUCCGAUGCAGAUUUUAUAACCAUUGACGAUACAAUUGUCUGUGAGGACGUGCAUCUUCACUCUGGGUUGUUGUACACAGCUUGUGAAGACUCGUACGCACCGCGGUUCUCGUGGUUUCCUGGUCUGGGCGUUCUGCAUGAUCCCCUCACGGCUAGCAAGUCGCGUGGGUCUAUCCACAUCAUAGACCCCAAGACGUUCAAGUCGAAAAGAUUGGAGUUUGAGGGCUUUGAGGGACCGUUUAUUACGCAUGGUAUUGAUGUUAUUGCUGAUCCUAAGGAUAAGGAUAGUGUUUAUAUUUUUGCUGUGAAUCAUGUUCCGAACCCUGAGUACCUUCAGCAUGUUGUCGAUGGGAAGAAGGAUGAGUUUGGCGGAAACAAAGCUGCUUCCCAGAUUGAGAUCUUUCAUCAUCGCAUUGGAUAUUCGACAGUCAAGUAUGUCCGUUCGAUCAGCCAUUCUUUGAUCCAGACUCCAAACGACAUUGUUGGUCUGUCGCCGACAAGCUUUUAUGUCACCAACGAUCAUCAUUAUCGCGAGGGUCUCAUGCGACAGGUUGAGGAUAUGUACUAUGGCGCGAAAUGGUCAAACACAAUUUAUAUUGAAAUCACCGAUACCGACACCAAGGACUCAACAGCUGGAUUCAGUGCUUCCGUCGCUCUGACCGGCCUGCAUAACAAUAACGGUCUCGGCCACGGAAGAACUCCCAACGAAAUCGCCAUCGGCAGUGCAGCCAGCGGAGACAUCCACAUAACCACCGUCAAGCCCGACCAUACCAUUCAAGUCCUCGAGACAAUCCCCUUCGACACAGCCGUGGACAACCCCUUCUACUACAGCGAUCCAUAUGCAAGUGGAGACAACGACAGCAGCGGUUAUGUCUCGGCUGGCCUCUCAAAAGCCUGCGAGCUAGCACACACCAUUGGUAUUGAGACUGCCACUGAGCCAGUAGUGGUAUGGCUCGCUCAGCGAAAGAGUGGAAAGUGGGAGAACAAGCUCCUGUUUGAAGAUGAUGGAAAGAGAGUGAGAUCUGCAGCUACGGCUGUGUUGAUUGGAAUUGAUCCAAAGCUUGAGGGGGACAUGUCGACAGCUGAAAUCAUCUCCAUCUCCGCAGCCUUGAUGGCGUCAGGUGGUAUCGCAACCCUGACAUUCUUCGACGUCCCCGAGCUUCAAUCUCAGCCUGCCUCUCGAUCUCUACCCUCUAUCCGAUGGCUGUUCAGUCGGGGGUCACAUGUCUUCCCAUCUGCCUCACUGCUAUCAACUAUCGGCUUUAUGUACUCUGCAUCUUCUAGCAACUCCCUAAGCACCGGCCCUCUCUACGCUUUCUCAACAAACACUGUCAAAGCCAAUACAUUCUUAACCGCUGCGGCUCUAGCAUUUAGCAUCGCGCCAUUUACUCAACUCAUGAUUCCGACAAACUUCGCUCUGAUCAAGGAGAAUAAUAGACUUGGUGGAGCUAGAAGUGAGAAAGCCGCUGAGGAAGACACGUCGCUGGAUAGAAGUGCUUGGGAGUCUGUCAAGGGAACCGGUGAAGGUUUUGAGUUUACAGAUCUAAGCGGUCCCCAGGAACAGACUGACAGGGAGUCUACGGCAGAGGAAGAUGAGAAGAUUCGUGGUUUGUUGGAAAGGUUUCGAUGGCUGAAUCUCGUAAGGGCUGUUCUUAUCGGGGGUGGAGGAGUCGUUGGUCUCUAUGCUGCUAUCAACUAA